AUGUGUGAUAAGUCAUCUAUUCAUACACCUAUUAAUUUAAUAGAUAGAAUUAAAUAUAAAUUAGAAAUACCAGUUAUGUGGAAUGAAGAUUCAAAUACUCAUGAGGAUGAGAUAUUUUUUGAAGAGGAGGAUAAUUUAAUGACAAAAACAAAAGAACAAGAAAAUAAAAAAGAUGUAAAAAAGAAAGGGAUUAUUAAAUAUUCAAGAAAACCAAAAGUAGAAGAUAAAGAAGAAGAUAAAAAACCACUUAAUGUAUCAAAGAAAUUAUUAUUAUCUUCAAAAUUAAAGAAAAAAGAAUUUCUUGCGGCAGAUGAAGAAAUUAGACAACAAAUAGAAUAUGUUGUUACUGAAUUAGAGAAAAGACAAACAGAAGAAAAUCCUAUUAUUGAUGGAAUAAUAACAAAUUCAAAAAAAUUAAAUGAAAAUGAAGUACCUCCUAAUACAGAUCCUAAAAAGGAUAUUCUUGAUUUAAGAACAGCAAACAAUACAAUUACUUUUGUUUCAAAUGAAGUUCCACCUAUAUUAAUGAAACAAAAUAUACCUAAGAAUAAAAUUCAAUUAAGACCAACACAAAAUAAAUAUCAUUUUCCAGGAACUGAACUUGGGUUUGAUACUAUAAAAGAAUAUAAAUUAAUGAAAUUAAAUGCAGAUAAAAAAGAAUUGAAAACGAUUAAAAUUCUUAUUCAUGAAUUAGAUAAAACUAUAGAAUCUUGUAAUGAAGAAGAAUAUAAAUGA